GCUUGUCAGUUGAAUUGAAACAUAUAGACAGUCGUAUUAGACGUACGCCAAAUCAUUUUUAUAUCAUUCUAUAAAUUUUAUAUCUUUCGGGUAAGAUAAAUCCUAGUAACUAGACGUUCAAAGACUGUUGAUUCGAAACUUUCUCACAACUUGAGAAUCUUGUAUCAAAAAACAAACAUAUUUUAUUGUGCGAGGUUAUAUUUACCUAUUUUUUCGUCGAUCAAAAUAUUUUGAUUCAAAAAGUCAAAACAACGAGUCAACUGAAAUGAGUAAAACAUGAAUAUGAUAAUUGACCUGCCACCAUAAAACCAAUCAACUUGAUAGAUCACAAAUAGAUUCUAUUGCAAUAAAAUACUUUUAAAAAUACAAAAUUUUGGAAAAAAAUGUAUGAUCUAUCUUCAACACGGUGCCCUGGUAUGUACUGUGGGAGGACAUUAUUGACAAGUGGAAACUGGUCGAAAUGUGGAGCUUGUCCACGCGGAUUUAGAUCAAAUGGUUCAUCUAUAUGCUUACCCUGUGAAGAUUCUCCAACUUUUUAUGACUGGUUGUACUUAGGUUUUAUGGCUUUGUUGGGCCUGGUUUUACAUUGGUUUUGUAUAGAUACAGUGUCCCAAAGACGUAGAUUCAACAAAGGAUCUUUAAUUUUGCACUUUUCUGCUUUUUUUGAAACAUUGGGAGCUGCAAUAUUUACUCUGCUACUUACUGAGCCAUUGGGAUCAUUCAAUAUUUUAUCAUGUAAUACACAAAAGUUAUCAGAUUGGUAUACACUUAUGCACAACCCAAGUCCCAAUUAUGAAAAUACUUUACAUUGUACCCAAGAAGCAGUGUAUCCUCUCUACACAAUAGUAUUUGUAUUUUAUGCAUUUGCUGUAUUUCUUAUGCUACUAAUAAGGCCGUUCAUGGCAAAGAAAUUCUUACCAGCAAAAGGAAAAUAUUCAGUUUAUGCUGCGCUUUAUUUUUUUCCAAUUCUGGCAAUGUUGCAUGCUGUAGGAAGUGGACUCAUAUAUUAUUCAUUUCCAUAUAUAACAAUUAUCUUGUCAGUUCUGUCAAGUGCUACACAUUUUUCAUAUAAAUUGAAUCAGCAUAUGAAAGUUCUAUUUAUGAAUUCUGUAACGGACGUGAAAAAUAUUGUUGUAAAUUUGGGUCAUUGUUUGAUUCAUGCUUAUGGUAUAAUCGCUAUUGCAUCUUUACAAGGAAUAGACAUUCAUCCAGCAAUGCUUGCUUUAGUACCUUUACCAGCUGCAUUUUAUAUUCUUACAGUCAAAUUUACGGAUCCUCAUAAAAUUCAUUAUGAAUAGCAUUAAAAAAAUAUUCAUAAAUUUUUAUAAAUAUGUAUAUAAAGUGUA